AUGAUAGUGUCAAAAGAAAUUUUGCUCCCGCCCGGUGAUCUUUGCCCAGAUCCGCCAUGGCUACUGUUUCCCGAUUUGCCGAGUCUUGUUCGGUCAUGGCUUCCACCUUCAAGCUUCAAGGCGUUCGCUUCUGCUUCUUCGUCUCCUCCGUCGGAUUUGGACCUCCGGAAUCAAUCUCGCGGUGGUCUCCCUCGCUUCUUCUCCGAUGAUCUUCCUCCUCGCAAGGCACGCCUUCUUCUUUUUCUCCCCUUGUUGGAGAGGAUUCUUUGUCAAAUGGUACUGAACCCUCCAAUCAAAUUUGGUACCCUCUUGGAUCAUAUUUCCAAGUCAAAGUUAUGUUUGGUUGCUACAGCCGAAGCUACACCUCUUCUCAAUGCAGUAAAAUCCCCAGCAAAAGAAUCCAGCCGACUAUUAAUCGUUGGACCGGAAGGCGACUUCACGAAAAAAGAGGUGGAGUUGAUGUUGGAAGUAGGUGGCACAGCGGUUGGACUCGGGCCACACCGGUUGAGAGUUGAGACUGCAACCAUUGCUCUUCUGGAAACUCUAGUGAUGUGGUCUGACUCUCAAGAGACGGUCUAAAUUGUGGCUGGGCUUAAGCGUUUAUCUUGCCUUUGUGGCUCUGUCUCUGAGAUUUUGGUUGAGUAAGGUCAGUGGAAUUCAAAAAAAAAAAAGCAUAUAGAAAGGUUAUUGUUUAUUAUAUCCAUGGAAGCUUAA